AUGAUCCCACCCUUCCUGAGCGAAGCUUUAUCCAUCGCCAGUGAUCUGGAGACCACUCUAUCCAGACGCUUGCAGGAUGCUCAGGAGAUGGAUGGCUGCCAGUUGCGGCUGAUUGGAAUGAAAGAUCGUGUGGCCUAUUGUUGCUUGGACGUCGAGAGGCUCAGGGGCCGGUACCUCGAGGAGUUGUUCAAUGGAUUGCAUUCAUCCAUCUAUGGUGAGGAUGUGGCAUUCCUAGUGCAGGAUUCGGGCUCUUUGCAGAACAUCAAGAACAUCAUCAGCAGCACGAUGAAACUGUCUGACCAGUUCUGGCGCGAGGCGGUGCAGUUCGCAGCCGAAUCCCUCGAUGGGCCCAUGGCCUCGGGGUGUCAGGAGGUCAGCAUGGCGGCCAAGCGCUAUAAGGAGCUAAGGAUGGAGCUGAAGAAGAUCCAAGAGAGGCUGCUGCAGGUCGAGAAGACUGCGCCGGUGAUCCCGGCGGGGCGAACGCGGAAGAUCUUGAAGAAGGGCAGCUCUUUAGGAAGCCAAAUCGCCAUUGAGACCAAGGGCUACCUCCGCACUGAGUCGCAAGUCUCGGCGGUGGAAGAGCCGCGGCCGCCGCUCGCGCCAGCGCCUGAAGCCUUUGAGGUGGACUUCGAAUCCUCCGCAGCGGCGGCGGCCUUCAGUGUUCAGGCCGUGCCCUCCGACGAGCCGCCGCAAUCCCCCCCGCCGCCGCAGCCCGCGCAGCCUGCGCCGAUGCCGGCGGCACCGAAGGCAGUGGCGCCAGUGGAGCCACCGGUGGAGCCACCGGUGGAGCUGGAGCAGAUGGAGAGGAAGGUGGAUGAAGUGAGCACUGAAAAGAAGGUGGCGCCCCUCGAUGGCGUGCCGAAGUCAGCGCCACCCGGCUGUGGGCAGAUGCUGGGACGCCUCUCAGCGCGCUGCUGUGGGGCCAGCUGA